AUGGCGUGCUUGCAUGACCACAGUUGUGAAGAUCAUGAUUGUUCAUCUGAUUGGUCUCUCUACAAACACAUCGACCUCACCAAGGCAUCUGCUUUGAAUGAGGCAACUCCCGGCAGUGUUAAAUCAGUCUUCAAAGCUUGGGAAAACCGUUUGAACACUUCUGGGGAACACUUGGAAAGCAAUGAGGGUGAUCCUGAGUUACUUGUAUUCAUUCCAUUUACUUCAGAUGUCAAGCUUAAGAGCAUAUCCAUUGUUGGUGGAGCUGAAGGAACAAGUCCUUCCAAGAUGAGAGCGUUUAUCAAUCGAGAUGGCAUUGACUUUUCUGAUGCACAAAGCAUGCAAGCCAUUCAGGAAUGGGAUUUAGCUGAGAAUAUGCAAGGAGUACUGGAAUACCAGACAAGGUAUUCAAAAUUUCAAAGUGUGGGAAAUAUUACAUUGCACUUUCCUGAUAAUUUUGGAGGUGACACUACCAAAAUACACUAUAUUGGUCUUAAAGGCGAAGCUACUCAGCUAAAGAGGGAUGUCGUGGCCACUAUUGUUUACGAGCUUAUGCCAAAUCCUUCUGAUCACAAGACACGUGCUGAAAGCGGUGGGGGUCUUUCACAUGUCGAGUGA